AGAACACGAAAAACCUCUCUCUGCAGCUUUCCUUCACCACGACAGCAUUGAAUUGGAAGGCGAUCUGCGCUUCCUUUUAUUAACGGACCUUCACACGAUUUUGCUGUAGCGGUUUUUUUUUCCUCGUCAUCGAAAUCACCUGCUUAACGACAGGCGGAAAGAGAAGCCACAACAGCGACCCCACGAAGCAGAACAUGUCAGCCGAAACAUUUCGUGAGCGUACGCUGGCGACGCAGUACCAGCCGCGACAGUCGCUGCCGCCCAACUUUAGCGAUGUACUGAAGGAGUACGCACGUGAGGUGCUGCGAAGUCAGCCCGAGGACAUCCUCGAGUGGAGCGCGGCGUACUUCAAGGCGCUGGCGCUCGAGACGGACCCGCUGCAAGCGAAGGAGCCCCCGGCCGAUCACUACAUGCCCGUUGUCGAAGACCCCGACCGCGAGAUGCUGGCGAACAAGAUGGUGAAGGUGUUCUCUAGCAUGGACCCUGACGGAAGGGGACGACUGCCACUGUCUGCGGUGCGCCGCGCCUUGCAGAGCGGGUUUGAGCUGACGGAGCAGCAAGUCUUGUACCUCCUAACUGCCUCGUUCACUGUCAUCGACGACGAAGACAGCGCAGCGGCCUCGAUCGAGUACAACGCGUUUGCCUACGCCGCCGUGCGCACGGUGCAGUUCUUCCAGCAACAUCACCUAGAGUUCGAGGUGGAUGGCGCCGACAACGCGACGGUGCACGGGAUGAACCGCACCGACGUGGAGCAGGGCUUUCUGCGCAUCUUCCGCCUGUUGGAUGAGGCGGGCACGUGCCGGCUGCUAUUUCAAGACUUCAAGAGUGCGCUGGAGAACGCGCCGUAUCACCUGACACGUCGCGAUAUCCGCGUCCUGUGCAUAGAGUGCGUGGCCUCCCCCGGUGCGAAAGACGGAGAGAGCGAGGGAGAAAAAGAUGAGGUGGCCGCGGGGGCGCAGGUGGAGGUGGAGUACGAGCAGGAGCUUCCGCACAUGUUCGAUCGCUUGCAGUUGGCCGAGGCCUUCACGCUCUUCGAAGAAGAGGAGGAUGAAAACUAA